AUGGAGGAGGAGAGCGUCACGUCGCCAUUGCUGCAGGAGGAGGCGAAGGUGUACCACGAGGGAUGCCCGGGCUGUACCAACGACCGGAGGAAGGAGCUCCAGGAGGGCCUGCCGUACAAGGAGUUCUUGUAUGUCUGGGCCGUCUGCCUCGCGACUUCUUUACCGGUGUCAUCAUUAUUCCCCUUCUUGUACUUCAUGAUUAGAGACUUGCAUGUUGCAAAAAGAACAGAAGACAUUGGAUUCUAUGCUGGAUUUGUGGGUGCUUCAUUUAUGCUUGGUAGAUGCUUGACUUCAACUGUGUGGGGAAUAGCAGCAGAUCGAUUUGGGAGGAAGCCAGUUGCCAUACUUGGCGUUGUCUCUGUGGUCGUAUUCAAUACUUUAUUUGGGCUUAGUACUAGUUAUUGGAUGGCAAUAGCUACAAGAUUUCUCCUUGGUGCUUUAAAUGGUUUGCUUGGGCCAAUUAAGGCUUAUUCUAUCGAAGUUUGCAGGCCUGAACAUGAAGCAUUGGGAAUAUCACUUGUCGGCACAGCUUGGGGUAUAGGUCUGAUCAUUGGGCCUGCUCUAGGAGGCUACCUUGCACUGGAGACAUUACACAAGCACAGAGUUCACCAGAAUGAAAAUAAAAAUGUUGAAGCUUUGGAGGCCCACCAGAGUGACUACAAAGAGAAUGCUGAACAAAUUGCAAGUUUGGGCGACAAGAAGAGUUUAUUCAAGAAUUGGUCCUUCAUGUCAUCCUUAAUUACAUAUUGUGUAUUUUCCUUUCAUGAUAUGGCUUAUUCAGAGGUGUUCUCUUUAUGGACUGAAAGUGAUAAGAAGUAUGGUGGCCUCAGUUUAUCAUCUGAGGCUGUAGGUCAAGUUCUUUCAAUUACAGGUGUCAGUCUUCUAAUAUACCAACUCUCUGUAUAUCCUCACACUAAUAAAAUUCUUGGACCUAUCAAGACUUCUCGAGUUGCAGCUAUUCUGUGCAUACUUGUUCUCUUUGGAUAUCCCUUUAUGACAUAUCUGUCAGGAACUGGACUAUCGAUCAUCUUGAAUAUUGCAUCGAUCUUGAAAAUUAAUCUUGCUGCUACCAUCAUUUCGAGCAGUUUCAUCCUUCAAAAUAAUGCUGUGCCUCAAGACCAAAGAGGAGCUGCAAAUGGACUGUCAGUGACAGUAAUGUCCCUAUUCAAGGCAAUCGCCCCUGCAGUUGCAGGCACUGUGUUUUCUUGGACACAAGCACGGCAGCAUGCUUUCUUCUUCCCAGGUGAUCAGAUGGUGUUCUUUCUUCUCAAUGUCAUCGAGUUUCUUGGACUUAUCCUCACAUUCAAACCCUUCAUGGCCGCACCAGAGUCCAGAGCGGUAUGA